GCUCAAAAAACAAAUGCUAAAUCUUUUUUGUCUUCAUCAUCGCCUUCAUAUCCCUCGCCAUUUCCAUGGCCGCUUCGGCAAAGCCAUCGUCUUAGAUGUUCCGACUACACCCUAACCUCUCUCCUCCCUCUCUCAGACCCUUCGUUCUCCCUCUGCCACCACCUCCUGCCUCCACCGUCUCCUUCCGCUGCCGCGCCGCCGCCGACAUCCCGCUCGGCGGCGCGAACCCGCUUCCUCUGCCGAUGACGUAUCCUGAUUCCUCACCUGUCUCGCCGGAAGAAAUCGAUCGCCGUCUUCAGUGUGAUCCUCAAGUUGAGGACUGCCGAGAAGUGGUUUAUGAAUGGACUGGCAAGUGUAGAAGUUGCCAGGGAUCUGGAUUCGUCAGCUAUUAUAAUAAAAGGGGGAAGGAGACUAUUUGCAAAUGCAUACCCUGCCUUGGGAUCGGAUAUGUGCAGAAGAUAACAGCUCGAAAGGACAUCGAAGUGAUGGAAGAUCUGGAUAAUGGAAAACCUCCUUGACCUAGAAUUUGCUCAGCCUUUUCUAUUUCGGGCCCCAAGUCAUGACUGAGGAGAGAUAUACCCAUUGGAUGUAGGUAGAAGCAACUGAUUCUUGUUAAGAUAAUGGCUACUCUUUUGUCACCUAUUUCACUCUCUGUGGUAUUUUGCUUGACUCCAUGAGAAUAUAAAAUUUCUUUUGUGGUUACAAGAAAAUAUUCGAAGUCGAAUCUUGAGGAAAUCUUUGGUCAGAUUGUUUUCGACCUGAUCAUCUAUUUGGCUGUGGAGAAGGGAAAAGUUAACACCAA